AAAUACGUGAACAUUGAGGAUCUGUUAUCUUAGUUUUGUCACGAUAAUUCUGUAAUUCUACAGAGUGACUCCCCUUUCUUAAAGGCGAUGGAGUUUGAACAGAUGGAGCCGCGAGAUACCGAUGCAUCGGAUAGUACUGUUCUUGAGAUAUCAAAAACGCAAAAUAAUGAGGAGGCAUCAAUACCACCUAAGCACAAGUUUUCAUUGGAUGUUUUUUUAUUAAACAACAAGCACCAAAAUCAGUAUGGAUUACAACGACAUGAAUACAGUGAAUAUAGAUCCUACUGCACUAGGAGGAUCCGGCGUAUUUCUAAAGCCUUCAAUAAGGCUGGUCCCCAUAGCAAGAAGGGAAAACAGCAAUUUAAAGGCGUCAAGAUAGUUGAGGUACAGAAUGUGCGAGCGUUAGAAUUAUUAUUACUUCACGCCGAGCGUGCAUGGGCCAGAGCUAUGGAGCUCAAAGAGAAUGAGGAGACGAACCACAGAACGCGAUUUCGUGUCCGCCGACGUCUGAAGAAGGCGGUGCGUUGGUCCAAUUAUUUAAUCGAAGUGAGCGAGGAUUGCGUGGAUGAUCGAACGUCACUGGAGAUUCAAGCAUACGCCAAUUGGAUAAAAAGUGUUUAUUUAUUUGAAUGUAAGUCUGGGAAAAACGUGGUUGAUCAAUUGACCGUUGCAAAAGCCCAUUACAUGCAACUCAUUCUCCUCGUACAGCCUCACCAAAAGCAGUUCUAUUUGAAACGAGUUGAAGAGAUCGAGAUCAUGCUGAAAUACACCAUGCUUGAUGCAAGUUCGCAAUCCCUAUCAACAAGCUACGACAACAUUCAAGACAUGCUAAUGAUCGCAGCACAUGACCCGACACUGAAAGUGCUUGAAUCGAAGCUUCAAGGUAGCAUUAAAGAAACGCAUUAUAAGCAAGUUAACCAGACAAAGGACUUGUUUUUAUUAGGCAAGCCAGUCCCUGUCCAAAACACCGACUUGCGCAUCUGCAUUUUAAAUCUCGACAAAACUCUGGCCAAGAUGCAUGACGAAGUAACCGAUCUGCAGACAAAGUUUGACUUGAUUGACCGUAUUCUAGUCCUUAUCAACGAUACCAGACAGCACAUCACCGAACAAAAGCGUUUAAUACAAGACGACGAUGCAUCUACUAAGGGACUGGACCAACUUACUGCAUAUCUAGGCCAUAUCGAAAGGGAACAGCUUAAGGAAAGAAACUUGCUUCUCAGCCAAGAAAUUGAGCAAAAAAUUGACCAAGCGGGAUUAGAAAAAGCCUCACUCAAUGAUCUGGGCGAUAUCGUUCGAUAUUAUGAGUUUGCCUCGCAGCUUCUCGACGAAUCUGGGCAACUUAUCUGUAAUACCGAAUUUGAGGAUCCGGACCGACGAGCCCACCAAGAAGUGCAAUUUCUUGCAUUCAAGGGGAUGCGCUGCUAUUAUAUUGGCCUAGCGUGUGCAGUCCAGGAAAGAUGGGACCAGGCCCUGGCGUUAUGGGAAAGAAGUAAACAAUAUGUAGAACUAGCAAAAAGGUGCCAGACCCCGACAGACGAAACGCAGCUGACAGGGCUCAUCAAAAAACUAGAGGAAAAGCUUUCGACGGCCAAAAUCUGGGGAUGUGCCAAGGCCUAUCUGUUCGAUCUGUACAAAAGAGAAGAAGACGCCAAUGCCCAAGAAAAUGCAGAUAAGAGCGAUCCGAAACGGAUAGGAGACCCAUUUUUCUAUGUCAAGCGCGUUAACUUACAUUGCAUUGAACGAGAAAAAAUCGUUGAAUUUCCACCAUUUCCAAAUCUCAUUCCUUGUAAGUCCAUAUUCCUGGACUUGGCGCGUAAGCAGUGUUCGGCACCUGAUUUAAAGGAAGAAACAAAAGCACCAAGAACAGGAUUUUUCUCUAGAUUUUGGUAACACGCUCAAAAGAACCCCCUUCCUGGGCCCACAAACAACUAAUUUAUUCCCUUUUUCUAGAGGGCCGGGAAGAUGGCUGAGGUCGAGAGUAAGAAGCGACUGAUACACGGUGUGUUUCGGAUGUGGACCAACGAAAUUCAAGUCGAAGUUGGAAGCUUCGCAUUUUAAAGUGUAUCACACAUAAAGAGAAAAAAGCAGAUUCACAAUGGUCCAAAAGUCUCUUGUUAUCCAAUCGCCGAAUUCUGAAUUUUGUCAUAUGGAGGCGUUAUAUUAGGUAUACGCACAUCGAAAGAGUAAUGGAGGCGUUAUAUUAAGUAUAUACAUAUACACAUCGAAAGAGUAAUUCGAGUGGCACAGGUUGAUCGUCUGAGGUACAACGUCGUUGAAGGGUGCAAAAAGCUGUCUCUUCGAUUGACCCAAAGUGCGUGGUAAUCGAUUUUCACAGAACAGACUUGAAGUGAGAUUCUAGUUUGGGGUGUGCGCCUUUUUCGAUACAAGUUUCGUGAUAGACAUGGAGGUCGUGGUUGAACAAAAUUGUGUUUUGUGAUGCGCCGUUUUUUUUGUACGAAAAUGAUAGCUUUUUGCCGCAUCCGCAAUUUUGCGAAUUCUGUGAUGGUGUGCGUGUGUCCCAAUGUGUGCGUUGAUCUUCUGGGGGCUGCAUCGUCGGUUCGCCUGAGCUGAGAGGCGUUAGAUUGGCGGAGUUGUCCUGACUGCAAGACGUGGUUGGCGCGUUGAAGGGCGUGUUGGGUCUGAGCAUUGACGGGUUUUGGUUUGGUUCGCGCUCUUUGAGAGUACACAUGAAAUUCGACAUAAAGAGGUGGUCGGAGGAGCUGGAGUGGGGGGAGUUUUCUUCGACGAGGUCCAAGAUGUCUUGGAUGAUCUUUUUUUGCCUUUGUUCGGAGCGAUCGGCGCGAAGCAUGCGUUGAAACAGCGUCGGUGGAAGUGAGGAGACAAAAUCUUGCAGCGCGCGGGUGUCUAGUGUCUUUGACAGGAGAGAGAGAGUGUCUCUGGGUCCGAGGACUUGAGCCAUGCUCGUUACGAGAAGCUCGCGAGUGAUAACGGGGUCCGAGUAAGAGAGUUGGGCGGUCAGGCGCAGGGCGUGGGUCCAGUGGCUCGUGUCACACAAGGAGUAAGAAGGCGUGCAUUGAACAAGGUGCGACAGAGACGGCGCGUCAUCGAGGUACAGGAUGAGCUGGAGCGCUUCAAAAUAGCGUUGGAGGCGGAUUAAUAGGUGAAUGGAUGCAGAGAAGAAGCCGGAAGAGUAGCAGAUAUCGAAGAGAGCUUCGGCGUGGAAUGAGUAGGACUGAUUAUCUGUCGUGAUGGAGGACAGGAGGAGGGAUUUCGAUGGCCAAGUGAGUGAGUGGGCGCCGCGCUUGGGACAAUACCAGCGACGAUUGAUGAGCCGGAAGG